AAUUUUUUUAUUUUUCCUAUUAGAUGCUCUGUACGCCACUUUAUUGAAGCCUCCUUUCAUUUCUACUCCAUAUUUCAAAGAUGGCUAAGCGCACUAAAAAGGUCGGAGUUGUUGGUAAAUACGGUGUCCGUUAUGGUGCCUCCCUCCGUAAGCAGGUCAAGAAGAUGGAAAUCACCCAGCACAGCAAGUACACUUGCACUUUCUGUGGUCGUGAUGCCGUUAAGCGUCAGGCUGUAGGAAUCUGGAAGUGCCGUGGAUGCAAGAAGACCAUGGCUGGUGGUGCUUGGACUUUGUCUACAACUGCUGCUGCCACUGUCCGCUCCACCACCCGCCGUCUUCGCGAGAUCAUGGAGGUUUAAACAAAAGAGUUGUCUCCAUUUCUUGUCCCCUCCCAACCAUCUCGAUUGCAUCUGGUUCUACUUGGCAUCUAUUUACAUUACCAGUGAGCUAUGAGCAGUCAUUGCAAUAAAAACUCAAAAAAAA